AUGUCUCUUCAAACAAUGAAGACAUACUUAUAUGAUUUAUUUUAUACAGUAAGGUCAGAAGUAAUUCGCAAUUGGGUUAAUAUUGGGAGACAAAACAAAAUCAAGUAUUCUGAUUUCGUGAGAAUGACAAAUUUUGAAGAUUCAGUAAUGUUCGGUAUUAACAUUCCACAAGACAUCGUCUAUUAUUUAGAAACCAAGGAAAAAGAACUUAACGAAUAUAAAGGAAUUAAUAUUUACAUUGGAACAUUAAUAUUAUUUACAAGAGGAAUUAAAUUGAACGAAAAAGAUUUUGAUUUGAUUGCACAAGGUGCAAUUUAUGAAUUCCUUAAUUAUUCCAAACCACAUUCAUUCCGUUUUUCAUAUUUUCCUAUUAUUGAGCUCGGAUAUAUUAUAGAGAAAUUAAUAUUGCCAUAUCUUAUCAAGCAAAGUGCCUCAGAUCGAAUCAUUACUUUUUUGAUAGAACUUUCAAAAGACAUUCAGCUGCAAGAUGAUUUUUUUAUUGGUUAUCAUCGUGGCCCUAAUGGUUAUAGAGAGUAUUUCCAAUACUCAGAUUUAGACUACUUCAAUCCGGUGAAAGAACAAAUAAAACAUUUUGAAAAGAAUUCAAAAAUCUAA